UACGUCAAAUCGUUGCAAUGGCGUCGAUGCAUGUGGGAUGCAGCUGCCGCCGACUGGCGCCGGAAGGAGGGUUCUCGACGACGCGGCCGCCGAGCACGUCGGUGCUCGGCGGCCGCUGCCCCGCCCACCCGCAGCAAACUCCCCAGCGUGGCCCCUCACUCGGCGCCUCGCUGGCAGCCCCAUGCGCCCUCGCGACUCGGCCCACGGCCGGCCAGCUCAGCAGCAGCCUGCCGCUCAAAGGAGCCGCCGGUCGCGGCCGGCCGGCUGCUGCUGCGGCCGUUGGCGAGCCCGGCGAGCCCUCCGGCCCUGCCAACCAGGGGCCUUCCGGGGCACGCCGCCCCCGCAACGCCGGGGCCAGCAGCUCACAGCCGUCCAACUCCGAAACUACAGCUGCAGCCACUGACACCCCCAGCACGGCGGCAGACGUGCCGGCACGCGGGCAGCGCGGCAAGGGGCCACGGCUGCAGCUGGUGCACGACAGCGCCGCCGCCGGAGGCGCGGCGGGCAGAGGCGCCGCCGCCGUACCUCGUGACGUACAGCGGCGCGAGGACAACCCCUCGUUGGACGAGAUCGUACUGGACGAGCAGUACUACAGGGAGAUGGGCAUUAGUAAGGAGGAGCUGGUCGACACGCUGCGGGGGUACGACGCCACGGAGCUGGAUCCGUACGGCGAGAACGUGGGGCCGGCGGGGCCCAUGCAGCUUGGAUCCGGAUCCGGAUUCGGCGAUAUGGAUGGGGCCGAUGGCGGCGAUGACGGCCGGCCGCUGCUGGAUCUGGGGCUGCUGGGAUCUGGAUCCGGCGCGGAUGGCGACGGAGACGAGGACCCGCCGUACGGUCCGGAGGCGCUGGUGCUGGCGGGGUUUCGUGCCGAGGAGCACGGCGUGGUGCGGGCGGUGCUGGACUCGGCAGGCGGGCACGUGGUCAAGGUCCUGCCUGUGACCCAGGCCAUGCUGCAGGGCAGUGUGGACGCGGCGGUGGCGGCGCCCGAGGUGGACUGGGCGGCGCCGAGGCCCGAGGACUGGGCGCGCGGCGGCGGCUGGGGCGCGCAGCGGGCCGUGCUGUUCAGCGGACUGGGCCUGCGCGCGCAGCUGACGGUGCUUGAGCUGCUGGAGGCCAGUGGGCUGCCCGCGGUGUGCGCGGCGGCGGCGGCGCCGGACAACGGCGGCCGGCGGCUGGGGGAGGUGCUGGCGGCGGCGGUGGCGGCCCAGCGCGGCGCGGCUCGGCGGCUGCCCAAGGAGGAGCCGUGGCGUCCUGGCGCACUGGGGGGCCGCAUGGUGGACACACGCGGCGGCAGUAGCGGCGGCAGUAGCAGCAGUGCCGGCAGUAGCACUGGGGCUGCAGCCGGCGCUGCCGCUGCAGCCGCGGCGGCGGCGGCUGGCGGCGGCGGUGGUGGCUUGGCGCCGCUGCAGGACCUGCUCGGAGACAAGGCGGCGGAACGGCUGCAGCAGCUGCGGCGGCAGCAGCAGCAGGAGGAGGCAGAGGCCGAAGAGGAUCAAAGCCGAGAGGAGGGAGCAAAGGGGGCGGCUGGGAAGCAGCAGCAGCAGCGGCGGGCGGCGCGGGGUGCGGUUGCGGGUGGUGUGGAGGUGGAGGAGCCGUUGUUGAAUCCGGAUUUGGCGACUGAGGUGGCGGCGGAGGCGGCGCGAUGGGCGGCCUGGUCACCACCCAUGCCGCAGGCUGCUGCUACUGCCGGCGCUGCUGCUGCCGGCAAGACCCCUGCAAAGCGUGCUACUGCGGCUGCUACUGCGGGGCCAUCAGCGGCGGCGGGCGGUGCUGGCGGGCCGAGUGUGGGAGACCUGGGUAUUGACAUGGAGGCGUUACGGCAGGAGGUGAUGCAGCACCUGGAGGGCUUGGAUCCCGAUCAGCUGGAGCAGGUACUGCUGGAUUCACCGUACGACAUUAAUGAUGACGCGGUGCCGUACAAUGCAGCGGCGGCGCGCAGAGGAGCUGGCGCUGAAGGCGCCGCCGCCGCCGCCGCCGCCACUGGCGCCGCCAAGCCACCUACGGGCUGGAGGAGUGAGGAGGACGAGGCGGCGGCGGCGGCGGGUGGCGCCAAGGGGCCGACGGUGGAUGCGGUGGCGGCGGUGGCGGAGCGGCAGCGGCAGCGCUGGGCGGAGGCGCGUGCGAGCAUGGAGGCGGCGGCGGCGGCGGAAGGGCGCCUGGUGCUGGAGGCGGAGACCAGUCCGUUAGAGCAGCAGCAGCAGCAGCAGCAGCCGCGGCGGCCUGAGGCAACGCGAGGCAGCAGCAGCAAUAGCAGUAGCAGCGGCGGCAGCGCUGGUGGUGCGGAGGAUUUCGGGCUGGAUUUCGACUCGGCGCUCGAUGACGUGUUUUCCCAGCUACAGCCGCCGCCCGCCGGUAGCGCAGCUGCUCCUGCGCGCGCUGCUACAACCGCCGGCGUCGGCGUCGCUGCUACAGCCGCUGCUCCAGCCGAUGACGGCUGGGACGCAUUCGGGCUGGAGGACCCCACCUCCGAGCUAGAUGACCUGCUGGGGCAGCUGGGCGGCGGCAGUAGCAGUAGCAACGGCAGCGGCAGUAGCAGCGCCGCGUCGGUGCGGCAAGCUGCUGCUGCUGCUAUUGCCGUCAGCAGCGGUAGCGGCAGUAGCAGCAGCAGUGCUGCGGGGCCGGGGCCGGGUGCGGGGGCGGUGCUGGAGGCGGUGCAGCGGGCUCUGCAGGGCGGCGCCUCGCCGGACGACGUGCGCCGCAUGAUGGACGAGCUGAUGUACGGCGGCAGUAGCAACAGCAGCAGUAGCAGCAGCAGCAGCAGCAGUGGCGGUCCUGGCAGUAGCACUGGCAGCAGUAGCCCAGCUGCCGAGUCCGCGGCGGCGGCGGCGGCGGCUGAAGGCGGCGACGCGGCCGCAGGCACCUCGCGGCGCCGCGGCAGCCUGUUUGCGCACUUGAAGAAAGACAAAGACAACAAAGGCAAGCCCAAAACCGCAAACGCCAACGUUACCAGUGACGCAUCGGCUGCAGCCGCUGCCGCGAACCUGCAGGGCGAGCCGGGCGGCGGCUCGGGCGCGCAGGGCGGCCGGCUGCCGGCGCCCCGCGCGCCGCUGGGUCCCAGCCCGCCGCCGGAGCGCGACCCCGCCCUGCAGCCGCUGUACCAGCUGCGACCCGACCUGGCCAAGGCGGUGGAGGACAAGAAGGUCAAGUUCCUGGACCUCAGCCGCCUCAACGACAAACAAAAGCGCCAGUUUGUUGACUACCAGGCGAAGCUCAGGCAGCAGCAGCAGCAGCAGGCUGUAGCGGGCGCGGCUGUAGCGGGGGCGGCAGGAGCUGCUGCAGCGGGGCGCGAGGGGGAGGAGGAGCGCAGGCGGCGUGCCGAGGCAGAGGCUGCGGCUGCCGCGGAGGAGGACGCGGAGGAGUAUGGGGAGGAGGGCGAGGACGAGGUGGAGGAGGAGGAGGAGGAGGAGGAGGAGGAGGAGGGCGCGGGCGUGGCGGUGGAUGCGGGGCGGCUGCGGGAGCUUGUGGCGGCGGCGACGGCGCAGGGGCUGGAGGUGGAAGAUUGCCUGGCGCAGGCAGUGGCCAUGGGCGUGCACCUGCCGCAGUCGGUGUUGGCGGAGGUGGGGCUGGCGCCGCCCGGCGAGGCGGCUCUGGAGGCGGCGCGGCGGCAGUACGAGGGCAUGUUCGAGCAGUGGGCGGCGGAGGCGGGCUUCGACCCCUCCAGCCUGGCUGAGCCUGUGGACCUACACGCACCCGCGGAGGGCGAGGAGGGCGAGGAGGAGGGCGAGGAGGCGCAGCAGCAGCAGCAGCAGCCGCCGCGUGGUCCCACCGCUGCAGGCAGCAGUAGCGGCAGUAGCACUGGCGGCAGUAGUGGCAGUAAUGGCAGUAGCACUGGCGGCGCUGGCGGCCGCAUGUCGCCGCUGCCCGGUGGCCUGGCGCCGGGGGCCCCGCGGCCCUGGGGCGCGGGCCUGGCACGGCCGCGGCGGCGCGACGUGGCGUAGUAGGAGGGAGCUAGCGUGUGUCACAGGACGGCGGGCGUAGGGGCACGUGGUUGAGACGGGGAUGCUUUGUUGGAGCGGUGGAGUGGAGGAGUGGUGGCAAGGUCAGCUGGGCGUAUUGGGUUGAUGAUGGGGCUUGUGUGGCUGUGGUGCGGGGAGGCGAGGGAGCGCGCGGGGGCGAUUGCAGGCCACCGCAACAUCCCUACACACAAGGCACCUGCUGGGAACUGGGUUACUGGAACUACGAUGCCGAGUCU